AUGGGCGUGCCAAGAACUGCAGUAGUUUCAAAGAAAGAGCUAAAUAAUAUUCCAAAAGGAAGACUGCGAGACCAGAUGAUUGUGAAGAGGUCUGGAAUGAACACCUCUGGGUUCUUUUUGCCUUUGAUAAAGGACUUCGGGAUGGUUAACUGGCUAGGAAGGAACAAAUUACUUGAGAAAGUAAUUGACUGGAAAGAAAAACAAGAUUUAUACAGCACUUCUUUUGAAAGGUUUGAUUCAGCUUUUGAAUUAAGAACAAUUAUGACUAAUAUUGAAGGUUGUCAAAUGUCACAAAAUAUGAUAAUUGAGAUUCUCUCAAUAUUACCUGUAAAAUCCUUAGUACGGUUUAGGUGUGUGUGCAAAUAUUGGAACAGUUUCAUCAGAAGCUCCAGUUUCAUUCACAAGCACCACUACCAUUGCCACAACAGUGCUCAACUCGUUGUUCAUCAUUACAAUCAAAUCACUGAAAAGAUUGUUUUUGGUCUAUUUCCUGACAAAAAGCUUGCUAGUGUGCCCCUUGAAUAUCACAAUCUGGAUUAUAUUCAGAUGCCUACUUAUCUAGAAGCUAUGAUAGGACCCUUUAAUGGCAUCCUAUGUUUUUAUGAUGGUAUUGAUAAGGAUCAUGUUGCAAUGUGGAACCUUUCUACAAGAGAAACCAGGUCCGUCCCUGUACCGCACCCCGACCUUCCACCAUUUUUUUGGCCCUUUAUUCAUCACUUUGGAAUUGGGUUGGAUCUUGUAACUAAUGAUUUGAAGAUUGUUUGGAUGCGGUACUACUGGGAUGAUAAAACAGAUAACCCAUAUAAUUAUAGAGUUAUUGCUGUUUAUACCUUAAGGACUGAUUCAUGGCGGCUUUUUGAAGUUGACUUUACAGGAAAGGGUGCCAUACAAGAUUCUCUAUAUAACACAUACAAUAAUGGAUCUUAUUAUUGGUUGACUAUUCAAAAUGAUGACGACUAUUAUAUGAUUCUUUCGUUUGACAUGGCCAAUGAGACUUUCCGAGACCUACCUGCGCCUCCAGAUAUCCCUGGACCACAUUGGGGCGAUCUCGCCAUGUACAACGAUUCUAUCGCUAUGUUGCUCUUUGAUUACCAUCAAGUUGAAAAAUAUUUUAACAUAUGGGUGAUGGAGGAGGAUGGGGUUUGGAGCAAACCACUAAUUAUUGGACCCCUCUUAGAAAUUGAGAGGCCACUAGGGAUUUGGAAAAACGGUGACGUAUUUUUUGAAAAUAGCACUUCACAGUUACUCUUGUACAACUAUAAUGUCAAACAAUUUAAGGACAUUGGAGUUCGUGGACCUGACUUUUGCCUUAAGAUUUUUAUGUUCAAAGAGAGCCUAGUACCGAUCAAGGGAGUAAAUGAAUGCCUGAAGGUGGAUCGUUCUGCCUGUCAUUAUUAUCAAAUAGCUUGA